AAACAUAAAAUACGCAAAAAUUAUUUACAACACUAAAAUAAAAAUAUAGAAUUUAAAAGUCCAUUAUUAGGUAUUAGUGAAUAAAAUUUUGCAACACGAUUUGAUCCUCUCAGGCUUUCGUAGUCGAUCGAUUUUAAGGUCAAUCCAAAACUGAUUAUUGAAUAUGAUAAUUUGAAACGUAUAUUAUACCAAACAAGAGAAGUACACCCUUACAAUGGCAGGAUAAUUACAAAAGACACAAAGGUAAGUAAAUAUGCUUUUUAGAAGAGGGCAAGGUGGAUAUGUGAUUAAUAAAUAGUAUUUAAUUUAAACUUAUAAUUGCUUAAGUUGCAAAAAAUCGAUGCAUGUCUUUACAGUUACAUUUUAUGAUAACAAAUCUCAUUGAUUUUGUAUAUUUUAUAUGGUAAAUUUCAUCUUAAUCUUUAUCCAUUCAUUAAGUUCUGUUUUGCAAGGAAUACUGGUAUUUUCGGCCUGGCAAUGAAAUAUGGCCAGUUCCAAUUAAAGGCAAUCCAGGAAUGGAAAACCUUAAAUAUUAUAGCAAUCCACAAACCAAACUUAUUUGUAGUUUUCUUCCUCUGUUGACCUUAAUAACGUUACUGAUUAAGUGCAGCCUUCGAUAGAUAUAUUUUCUUUGCAUGAUCUGCAACGGUUUCGAAAUCAAGAAUUCCAAGCUAAAUGUGUCUUGGCCCCAAAGUUAAAUUUCUUGAUAAAUGUUGCUGUAGGCCUCUUGCAUCAUUGAAUACAUGAUUUUUUUACAGUCCCACAAUGAAAUUGCAGUGCAGUGUAUUUUGUUAAAAACAGAGAAAAAACGAAAGGAUGAGGCACUCUCCAAUCUGGGAACGAGAGGAAAGAUGUAUAGCCUCUACCUCAAAUGAAAAUUAUAAUCCACUCAGUCAUGACUAUUCCAAAGAGUCUGAAAAUUAUACUCCCCUGGCAGUUCCCGAUUGUUUUCUUUGCUCUCUGCUACAGUCUCAAAACGACAGACUGCUGGAAAUAAACCAAAAUCUACUGAAAAGUCUUGACAAUUCUAACCGGGAGAAAAAAGAAAUAAAAAAGUCUAUGACUGAAAGAACGCCAGGUCCUCUUUGUAAAAUUAUACAAAAGAAAAGGGAAGAGAUUGAUAGUUUGAAAACAGACCUUCAAAUGGCUUUAAGGGAAAAUGCCGAUCUUCAGUGGAGAUCAACAACUAAAAACGACGAAAAUUUUGAAGAUUUAAGAGGAAUAAUUGAGUACUUGGAGAAAAGACUUGAGCUAUCAGAAGCAGACUCUUGCAGUAAAGAUGGCGAUAUUUCAAAACUGAAUCACAAAGUAACUCAUUUGCAGUCGGAAGUGGAUGGACUCAGAUAUAAACUUCAAGAAGAGCAAACAAAAAUGCAUUGGCUUACUGUUUAUAGUGAACAAAGCAGAGCUAAAUUUGAAAAUGACAAAAGGACUCCAGAAUCAGAGAUUGAUAACUUGCGUUUUGAAGUAAAGAUUUUGAAAUCCGAGAACGAGAAAUUAGAAGAGAACAGAAGGCAAAGCUUACAGGAAAAAGAAAAACUUUCAGUGAUACAUUCAAAUGAACUUAAGUUGAAGGAGGAAGAAAUGAAAGUUCUGAAGAAAGAUGUGGAAAAGAUAAAUCUGGAGCUUCAAUCUUUAUAUGCAAAAGAAUAUGAAAAGAAUUUUAAGAAUACCAAUCAAGACUCUGAAAUCCUGCGCUUGAAAUAUGAAGUUAAUGAUCUGAAAGAAGAAAUUCACACCUUGAAAAAGCAAGCAGACAAUUUGAGAUUAGAAAAAGUCCAAAUUCAGAGAAAAUUUGAAUUUGACCUAAAGAGGGAAGAUUCCAGAGCGGCAUCUGAAAUAAACCGACUGAGGCAAGUAAUUUUGCAGCUAGAAAAUCAGAAAUAUGAAACAGACAUAGCGUCCUUGUCAAGGAAAAAAGGAGCUGCGUUGCAAAGAGAGAAUGAAAAACGUAAACUUGCUGAUCAAGAUUCCCCUGAAAUGCAAUACUUGAAAGAGCAAGUUUGCAAUCUGAAGAAAGAAGUGAAUAUGUUAGAAAAAGAGGCAAAGAGAUUACAUGAAGAAAAAAUCCAAGACCAGCGAAAAGGCGAACUCGGUCUGAAAGAAAGGGACUCACAAACACGCAUAGCAGAAUCUGAAAUAAGCCGGCUGAAGCAAGUUAUUUUGCAACUAGAGAAUGAAAAUAUAAAACAUAAAUCACACAUAUCUGCCAUAUCAGAGGCGAAAGAAAAUGCAUUACACAGGCAAAGUCAAGCUGAACUUAACAUGAAAACAUUAACGGAGGAAAUGCAGCAUAUGAGAGAAAGAUUAUUAAAGCAAGAAGAUGACAACUAUCGACUUCAAAAGGAACUCUCUGAAGUUUGUAAAGAAAAAGACAAUGCUUUGAGCUUUGACUAG